ACUUUACCAUUAAACUACAUACACUCGGUUUGUUGCUUCUUCUAUUUGCAGGUUCAACAAGCUUUUUCAGACCUGGAGAGGGAGCGUGGUUAUCUUGUUACUGAUGAAGUGUUUGAGGCAUUGGUAAAAAUUGGAUUCUCGCUGGACUCUCCUGCUUUUUACAUUGUUUGUGAGAGUUUUGAUCAAAAGAAGAAUGGAAGAUUCAGAUUAGAUGAUUUCAUAUCUAUUUGUAUAUUUUUGCAGUCAGCUCGUAAUAUGUUUGAUUCAUUUGAUACUGCUAAGCAGGGCCGGGUGACUCUUGAUCUCAACCAAUUUGUAUAUUGCAUAAGGGAACGCAAAAAAAGAAAAGAAAGAAAAACGACUCCAGCUCUUCCUUGGUGACACAAUCUUGAUUAAG